AUGCAGCGCAGUCACGCCAAAGAGACUGUGGCGUCGAUGAUCUACACCAACCAGCUCGAGAUGAACAUUGAUGAAGGAACAUCUUACCUGGACUGCUUUCGCGGGGUCGACCGCCGCCGCACCGAAAUCGCGUGCAUGGUUUUCAUGGCACAGCCCUUUUGUGGCUCCGUGCUUGGAGGCACGCCUACAUACUUCUUCGUCCAGGCUGGUCUUCCCGAGUCCAUCUCGUUCCGCAUGUCAGUCGGCGGUCUCGGUAUCGCAUCAGUGGGCACAGUGGCAUCUUGGCUCCUCCUCGGCGCCUUUGGCCGUCGCACCCUGUAUCUCUGGGGUCUUGGGCUGUUAACAUCCGUUCUCAUGACUGUCGGCUUCAUCAGUGUUGGCGCUGGGGACUCUUCGGGUGGCAACUACGCCCAGGCAGCCAUGAUGCUGUUGUGGCUCGGCGUCUACUACAUGACCGUGGGGCCUAUCUGCUACGCCAUUAUCUCCGAGGUGUCCUCGACCCGUCUGCGCAACAAGAGCGUGUGCCUGAGCCGCAUCGCGUACUACAUUGGGCAGAUUGUCUGCAACGUGAUCAAUCCGUACAUGCUGAACCCAACGGCCGGCGAUUGGAAGGGGAAGACGGCGUUCUUCUGGGGCGGGUGUGCUUUUGCCUUCUUCGUAUGGACCUUCUUCCGACUACCGGAGACGAAGGACAAGACGUUUGCGGAACUGGAUAUCCUCUUUGAGAAGAAGAUUGGGGCGCGGGAGUUUUCCGGGUACAAGGUGGAUGCGUAUGCUCAAGGUGGAGAGUCUUUGGUGAAGAAGGGAUGA